GAAGCUAUGCACACAUAUUUCUUAUUUUUGUAGGUUCUCUUCUUCUCAACAAUGACCAGAUUGCUUGAUGUUAUGGAAGAGUACUUGUCUUGGAAACGCUAUAAGUACCUUCGUUUGGAUGGGCACACUUCAGGAAAUGAUCGUGGAGCCCUAAUUGAUGAGUUUAACCGUCCUGGCUCAGAAACUUUCAUAUUUCUUCUUAGCAUUCGAGCUGGUGGUGUUGGUGUCAAUCUCCAAGCUGCUGAUACUGUCAUAAUUUUUGAUACUGAUUGGAAUCCUCAGGUCGACUUACAAGCACAGGCCAGAGCACACAGGAUUGGACAAAAGAGAGAUGUACUUGUUCUACGUUUUGAGACGGUUAGUUGUGUUUUCUGCAUGAAUACUUUUUCUUAUGUAAACAGGGUUUCAGAAACUGUUUUUUUUUUCUUCUACUUUCUUUUCUAUAUUAGUCUGCUCUCAUCUAGUUUAAAUGUAUUAUCCUACAUGCCAGUGGACUCACCAGAAAUGUAUUAAUACCAAAUAAUGUUCAUAGGCGUACUUGGAA